AUGACUAAAACAAACGCUAUUGGAAUCGAUCUUGGAACCACCUACUCAUGUGUCGGAGUCUUCAUGCACGGCAAAGUGGAAAUCAUUGCCAACGAUCAAGGAAACCGAACUACUCCCUCGUACGUCGCUUUCACGGAGUCGGAACGUUUAAUUGGUGAUGCCGCCAAGAAUCAAGUGGCGAUGAACCCGCACAACACUGUCUUUGAUGCAAAACGUCUCAUCGGUCGCAAAUUUGACGACUCAGCUGUUCAAUCGGAUAUGAAGCACUGGCCCUUCAAAGUCGUCUCAGCCGAAGGCGGAAAGCCAAAGAUUGAAGUCGAAUACAAGGGAGAAAACAAGACCUUCACUCCCGAAGAGAUCUCGUCGAUGGUGCUCAUCAAGAUGAAAGAAACCGCCGAAGCCUUCCUUGGACAAUCAGUUAAUAAUGCCGUCGUCACCGUUCCAGCUUACUUCAACGACUCUCAACGACAAGCCACAAAGGAUGCUGGUGCCAUUGCUGGAUUGAACGUGCUCCGAAUCGUCAAUGAGCCCACUGCUGCCGCCAUCGCUUAUGGAUUGGACAAGAAGGCCUCUGGCGAACGAACCGUUCUCAUCUUCGAUCUUGGAGGUGGUACCUUCGAUGUGUCGAUCCUAAAACUUGAAGACGGAAUCUUCGAAGUCAAGUCUACUGCUGGAGACACUCAUCUCGGAGGAGAGGACUUUGACAACCGGAUGGGAAUUGACUUCUACACCAACAUCACUCGUGCCCGCUUUGAAGAACUCUGCGCCGACCUCUUCCGUUCCACCAUGGACCCUGUUGAGAAGGCUCUUCGUGAUGCCAAGAUGGACAAGUCUUCUAUCCAUGAAAUUGUCUUGGUUGGAGGAUCGACUCGUAUUCCAAAGGUUCAAAAGCUGCUCUCCGACUUCUUCUCUGGCAAAGAACUGAACAAAUCGAUCAACCCCGAUGAGGCUGUCGCUUAUGGAGCUGCUGUUCAGGCUGCAAUCCUUUCCGGUGACAAGUCUGAGACUGUACAAGACCUUCUCCUUCUUGACGUUGCCCCUCUCUCUUUGGGAAUCGAGACUGCUGGAGGAGUGAUGACGUCUCUCAUCAAGAGAAACACGACCAUCCCAACCAAAACAUCGCAAGUCUUCAGCACUUAUGCGGACAAUCAGCCUGGAGUGCUCAUUCAGGUUUACGAAGGAGAGCGUGCUAUGACCAAGGACAACAACUUGCUGGGAAAGUUCGAGCUCUCUGGAAUCCCACCUGCACCACGUGGAGUGCCUCAAAUCGAGGUCACCUUCGACAUCGAUGCGAACGGAAUUCUCAAUGUCUCUGCCACGGACAAGUCAACAGGAAAGGCGAACAAGAUCACCAUCACAAACGAUAAAGGACGUUUGUCAAAGGAAGAGAUCGAUCGAAUGGUGCAAGAAGCGGAGAAAUACAAGGCAGAUGAUGAAGCUCAAAAGGAUCGCAUUGGAGCUAAGAAUGGACUUGAGUCGUACGCUUUCAACAUCAAACAAACGAUCGACGAUGAACAAAUGAAAUCGAAGCUCUCCGCUGAGGAUCGUCAGAAGAUCGAAUCAAAGUGCGAUGAGGUCUUGAAAUGGCUCGACUCCAACCAAACAGCUGAGAAAGAAGAGUUCGAACAUCAUCAAAAGGAGCUCGAAUCAAUCUGCAACCCCAUCAUCACACGUCUUUAUCAACAAGCUGGUGGAGCUCCAGGAGGUGCCCCAGGAGGAGCCCCCGGAGGUGCAGCUGGAGCUGGAGGACCAACCAUCGAAGAGGUCGAC